CCCUUUCGACGGCUAACCAAAUUCAUAGUACUGAAAACUUUAAUAAUAUUUUGGUAAAAAACUCUUGUGUUUUCAGUUUCGCCUUGUUAGUCACUUCCGCCACCAACUCCCACCCCGGCGACGGCUAACCAAAUUCAUAGUACUGAAAACAGAGACAGAACGAGAAAUACUGAAAACAGAGAGAGAGAGAGAAAGAGACGAGGCAGAAAUGUCGAUGGCCACAGCGCUUCGCAGACUCUCCUCCUCCGUGGCGAACCAUCUUCGACCUCUUUCGAAUUGCAGUUCGCGCUAUCACGUGUCUUCUCUGCCGAACGAAGCACCGGACGAGAAGGAUAAAUCUCGUGUUAAUUGGAUAAACCAACUGAAUGCUCCACUCGAGGUCGUGGAUCCGGAAAUCGCCGACAUCAUUGAGCUGGAGAAAGCAAGGCAGUGGAAGGGAUUGGAACUCAUACCGUCAGAGAACUUCACAUCAGUCUCAGUAAUGCAAGCUGUUGGCUCAGUCAUGACGAACAAAUACAGUGAAGGGUACCCUGGUGCUAGAUAUUACGGAGGAAACGAGUACAUUGACAUGGCAGAGUCCUUAUGUCAAAAACGUGCAUUAGAAGCUUUUCAGUUAGAUCCUGCAAAAUGGGGAGUCAAUGUGCAGUCAUUAUCUGGAUCCCCAGCAAACUUUCAAGUUUAUACUGCAUUGUUAAAGCCUCAUGAAAGAAUCAUGUCCCUUGAUCUUCCUCACGGUGGACAUCUUUCACAUGGUUAUCAGACUGACACUAAGAAGAUAUCUGCUGUUUCAAUAUUUUUUGAGACAAUGCCAUACAGAUUGAAUGAGAGCACUGGCUAUAUUGACUAUGAUCAGUUGGAGAAAAAUGCUACACUCUUCAGGCCAAAAUUAAUAGUUGCUGGUGCGAGUGCUUAUGCACGCCUGUAUGAUUAUGCUCGCAUACGAAAGGUCUGUGACAAGCAGAAAGCCAUCAUGUUGGCAGAUAUGGCACACAUUAGUGGAUUAGUUGCUGCUGGAGUUGUCCCAUCUCCAUUUGAAUAUGCUGAUGUUGUGACAACAACAACACACAAGUCACUUCGUGGUCCACGUGGGGCAAUGAUCUUCUUUAGGAAGGGGGUAAAAGAGGUCAACAAACAUGGAAAAGAAGUUUUGUAUGACUAUGAAGACAAAAUUAAUCAGGCCGUAUUUCCUGGACUUCAAGGUGGUCCACACAAUCACACUAUUUCUGGUCUAGCUGUUGCACUGAAGCAGGCGACAACCCCAGAGUACAAGGCCUACCAAGAGCAAGUGCUCCGUAACUGCUCAAAAUUUGCCCAGUGUCUCAUAGAGAAGAGUUAUGAGCUUGUGUCUGGUGGAACUGACAACCACUUAGUCUUGGUGAAUUUAAAGAGUAAGGGCAUUGAUGGUUCUAGAGUGGAGAAAGUUUUGGAAUCAGUUCAUAUUGCUGCCAAUAAGAACACUGUUCCUGGGGAUGUGUCUGCAAUGGUUCCUGGUGGCAUCCGGAUGGGAACCCCAGCUCUCACAUCCAGGGGAUUCAUUGAGGAGGAUUUUGCAGAAGUUGUCAAAUUUUUUGAUGCUGCAGUGAAAUUGGCUGUGAAGAUCAAGACUGAUACAAAAGGAACAAAGUUGAAGGAUUUUGUGGCAAACAUGCAGUCAGAUGUCCAUAUUCAAUCCGAUAUUGCAAAGCUUCGGCACGAUGUUGAGGAGUAUGCUAAACAAUUUCCAACAAUUGGUUUUGAGAAGGAGACAAUGAAAUACAAGGGAUGAAAAAGCUUGCUCUUGACCCAAGUAAGCAGGUCAUCAAGGACUGGCCGCAAGGCUGUGUUUGGCGAACAGACGUAAUGACGCGAUGCACGCCUCCCUGUUUGGAUGCCUGUGGGAGCUGGUUUGACAUUCUAUCUCCAGAAAGAAAGAGUGAUAUUACUUCACAGAAGAUAAACUUGCCUUGAUUCAUUUUUAACUCAUUCUUGAUUUGCUAGAUUUGUUGUGGUCAUGUAAGAUAUGAAAUUAAGAACCGUACUCUUACCCAUUUGUUUGGAAGCUUAAUUUACUUUCCAAAAUUUCAAUCAA